CGGCCCCUCCCCCGCGGGCGGGGCGGCGCGCUGCGCAUGCUCGGUGCCCUUUGUGUCCCGGUCGGGCGGGCGGCGCGGGGCAGGCCGGGCCGCUCGCAGCGCCGCGCCGUGCCGUGCCGUGCCGUGCUGUGCCGUGCAGCGCCGCGCCGCGCCGGCCCGCCGGCGGCGGGGGCCGGCUCCGCCAUGGUGAAGAAGCGGAAAGGCCGCGUCCUCAUCGACUCCGACACCGAGGACAGCGGCAGCGAGGAAAACCUGGACCAGGAGCUCUUGUCACUGGCCAAACGGAAACGCAGUGACUCUGAAGAGAAGGAGCCACCUGUGAGCAAACCUACAGCAUCUUCAGACUCUGAGACAUCAGAUAGUGAUGAUGAGUGGACUGUUGGAGGUUCUAAAAACAAAAAGAAGGGAAAAGUGGGUAAGGCAGAGAAGAAAGGAGCCAUGAAGAAACAGACAAACAAAGCUGCCUCUUCAGGCAGCUCAGAUAAAGACAGCUCAGCUGAGAGCUCGGCACCUGAAGAGGGAGAAGUGUCUGACUCGGAAAGCAACAGCUCCUCAUCUAGCUCAGAUUCAGAUUCUUCAUCUGAAGAUGAGGAGUUCCAUGAUGGCUAUGGGGAAGAUCUGAUGGGAGAUGAGGAAGACCGAGCUCGACUAGAACAAAUGACAGAGAAGGAGAGAGAGCAGGAGUUAUUUAACCGGAUAGAGAAGAGAGAAGUACUAAAGAGAAGAUUUGAAAUCAAGAAAAAACUAAAAACAGCAAAAAAGAAAGAAAAGAAAGAGAAAAAGAAAAAGCAAGAGGAAGAGCAAGAGAAGAAAAAGCUCACACAGAUCCAGGAAUCCCAGGUCAUGUCACACAACAAAGAGCGGCGAUCAAAGCGGGAUGAGAAACUAGACAAGAAAUCUCAGGCAAUGGAGGAGCUAAAAGCAGAAAGAGAGAAAAGGAAGAACAGAACAGCUGAACUGCUUGCAAAGAAACAACCGUUAAAAACCAGCGAAGUAUACUCUGAUGACGAAGAGGAGGAGGAGGACGAUAAGUCUAGUGAGAAAAGUGAUCGCUCAUCUAGAUCUUCAUCCUCUGAUGAAGAAGAAGAAAAAGAAGAAAUUCCUCCUAAAUCCCAGCCAGUGUCCUUGCCUGAAGAACUCAACCGAGUACGGUUAUCGCGACACAAGCUGGAACGCUGGUGUCACAUGCCCUUCUUUGCCAGGACAGUCACUGGCUGCUUUGUCCGUAUUGGCAUUGGAAAUCACAAUAGUAAGCCUGUUUAUCGGGUCGCUGAAAUAACUGGUGUGGUAGAGACUGCAAAAGUUUACCAGCUUGGUGGUACCCGGACAAACAAAGGAUUACAGUUGCGGCAUGGCAGUGAUCAGCGCGUGUUCCGUUUGGAGUUUGUCUCAAAUCAGGAAUUUACUGAAAGUGAGUUCAUGAAGUGGAAGGAAGCGAUGUUCUCUGCUGGGAUGCAGCUACCCACACUAGAUGAGAUAAACAAGAAGGAAGUGUCCAUCAAAGAAGCCCUCAACUACAAGUUCAAUGACCAGGACAUCGAGGAGAUUGUGAAAGAGAAGGAAAGGUUCAGAAAAGCCCCUCCAAAUUAUGCCAUGAAGAAAACUCAGCUUUUGAAGGAGAAGGCCAUGGCUGAGGACUUGGGGGACCAAGAUAAGGCCAAACAAAUUCAAGAUCAGCUUAACGAACUUGAGGAGAGAGCAGAGGCCCUGGAUCGUCAACGAACAAAAAACAUUUCUGCCAUCAGUUACAUCAACCAGAGGAAUAGAGAAUGGAAUAUUGUGGAGUCUGAGAAGGCUCUUGUGGCUGAAAGUCACAGCAUGAAAAACCAACAAAUGGAUCCCUUUACUAGGCGGCAGUGCAAGCCCACGAUAGUGUCUAAUUCCAGAGAUCCUGCUGUCCAAGCUGCCAUCCUUGCACAGUUAAAUGCAAAAUAUGGAUCUGGUGUGUUACCAGAUGCUCCAAAGGACAUGAGUAAGGGUCAGGGGAAGGAUAAAGAUGUGAACUCUAAAUCAGCCAAUGACCUCUCAGAAGAUCUUUUUAAAGUGCAUGACUUUGAUGUAAAGAUUGAUCUUCAGGUUCCCAGCUCAGAGUCUAAGGCGCUGGCCAUCACCUCCAAGGCUCCACCAGCAAAAGAUGGCGCCCCUCGGCGAUCACUGAACUUGGAGGACUACAAAAAGAGGAGGGGGCUUAUUUGAGCAUGCCCACUCUGCUGCUUCUGAUCCUGCAUGCUCCAUGAUGAUGUCCUACCUUUUCUUCCUCCCUUUUCAAUUCUCCCGUCUGGAUUGGAGCAGCAAUGGAGCUGGGAAGAGACUCUUUAAAACUGCCAGUCAUCUGUACCAUAAACCAUUCAACUAUUUACUGUAUAGACCUCCCUUCUUGCCCUUUCCUUCUGCCCCCCUCACGAAUGUGGAUCUGUGCUAUUUGGGGUUUUCCCAUUUCUUUUAGUUUGAGUUUUGUUUUUAUUUUGUUGAUGCAGCUCGUUGGUCCACUCUGUGUUCAGUAUUAGCCUGAGGUCUGGAUUUCCAUAGGAAUCUCUUUGGUGGUCACAGAAUCAGCACUUGGUGAUCUCCCCUUACAUACCACCGCAGGCAUGGUGAAUAAACAUUGGCGCAAGACCUUUGUGGCUGGAAGGUCAUCUGCACUUUCUUCCUCCUCUUCUUCCUCCUUCAUCCUAGCUCUGGAGAAGGGAAUCUUCAAAAACUGGCUUAGGUUCAAAGUGUAAAUUUUUUUGGGAGGGUUGUGUGACUUUUUUUCAGGUGUUUUUUAUCAUUUUUAAGCUGCAGUACUAUUUGUAUCCGUCUGUCACAGUUCUUUACGGCUGUUUUGAAUUUCUACCAGCUGUACUUGAGCAUCUGAAAUUGCAAGAAAGAAACUCAUUAAAUGUGAUUCUUCUUACUAAAACGGCUUGGCUGAUAUAGCUGUUUAACUUCAUGUUCCCUUUUUUUGCUUACACUUAACUGAUGAGAGAUGUACAUAGCUCUUGAUGUGAGACUUGUCAUCUAUAGCACAUCUGGAGUCUCCAGCCGUAACUGAGUGGAGUAGCUCUAUAUGGGAUGCCCCUGGGGUGCUCGUUGGUUGGGAUUUAACGUCUUCUCCAAGCCUCCAAUAUCACAUAUUUCUUAAGUCAUCUUGUCUUCACUGGGUUCCAGCUAACUUUUUGUUUCCUGCUUUGUGAACCAUUUAAACCUGGCUUCUAUAAACAAACAAAAAAUUUAAAAACAGUUGCUUUGUGUGAAAGGGGAAGGACACAAUAGUAGAAAGGUCAGUGGGUAACGUACAAGAGCAGUAGCUGAUGCACAUUUUUCAUACAAACUGGUACACGUGGAGUGCAACACUAGCACAAAAAUUGUAUGGCUUUAUGGAAUGUUUGACUGGACACAAGGUGACAGCUCAAUUAUCACUCAGGUGUAAAAAAUCAAAUUGUAAAUAUAAGUGACAUUUAAAAAAGAGCUUUUCCAAACAAGAUACAACUGAAUAUAUGGAGCUAAGAACUAAAUUAAAAGAAAAUUAGAAAUCUUGCAGGUCAGAGGCCCUCGUUCAGGUAAGCAUGCAAGCACAUGUUUGUUCCUACUCAGGCCAGUACCUAUAUGCUAACUUAAGCACUGAACUGGAUAGGAAUGUUUCUGGGGGACCCUGAAGAGGGAAAAUGCUGAUGCUCUUCCUAUGUCAGAGCAUUACUAUUUUUCUGAAAUCAUACACUGGUUAUUUUUAAACCUGUGUUUGAUGCUUUCUUGUUGGAUUCUUAAUGAAAUUUUAAUCUAGUUCUUAUAUUUAACUUUCUCUUAUUCCUUUUUUUAAUGGUAGUUUAAAAAAAUCAUGUAAUUGUGUGCAGAUUGAUAUUAUGAACUGUGUAUAAAAUGAAAAUCAACCUAUGAAGCAGCUCUUAGCUACCAUGUAAACAAAUAAUUAGGGAUCCUUCAAUGCUUAUUUACUGAAUAGUCCAUAAUUCUAGGAUUCACAUGGAUUAUUCUGUAAAUAUGUAAUCAUAGACUGUUUUAUUUGAUGGCCUAUUUUAGCAGCUUCUUUGGAGUUGUUGUAGGCUCUUGCGUAUGUGUACUUCUAACUUUAAGAGUGGAUUUAUGGAAUCUGCCAUGGUAACUUCAUACGAGACGUCAUAAUCCACUGUGUAGAUGUGCAUUUGAUACAAUUUUGGUUUUGCAACAGCUUCAAUGAUGUUACAGAUUUGUAAUAAAAAAAAUUUAAAACUGGCUAUUGCAAAUUAAGUUUCAAAAUAAUCGCCCUAUGAUGCUUUUCAGAAAUAAUUGCGAAAUCAUGAAUUGUAGAUCUUGCUUUGCUCACAGAAAUGCCUCAGAGCUUUGGGGUGCAGUGAAAAAUGGUCUCUGAAGGUAAAAUUAACUCAGAUUCAGUAUUUUUAAUAUGCUUGCCCUUGAUGUAUUGGUUUUAGCAGACUUUUACAUUUUGGUAAGAUGUGAAUAGGCUGUGCAGUCAAAGUGCUGGCGAGAUCCGUACAGUGUUGCAACUAACUGUUAGUGCAGAUAACCAAAAUGGAGGAGAUGCCAUGAGUUUAGAAUGCAGGUUUGAAUGAUGUGACUAUGUCCUAGUUAUCUGCAACUAUGAAACUCCAACUUAUCUUCUCAAAAUCUCUGGAUUCUGCUGAAAUACUGUUUUUGAGAAAGGCAACAGUCAGAAAGUCAUCAUGCAAACCUUUUAUGUUAAGAAUAAUACAUCAAGAAAGUACUUUUCUUGAAUAGUUACAGAACUGUGUAUGAAAGCUGUAAUCUUUUUUUCCUUUAAGUGCAUGUAAAGGUGAGUGACUAUACCUCCCGCUCUUUAGAGGGGGAGAGAUUUGUUUGCUUUGUUUCAUUGGUGUUCUAGCAUAGUUCAUUACAAAUGUACAGACUUCUAUAAAUAAACUUGGUUUGUUGGUUUAAUAA